AUGUUCUUACCACUAGUCGAAACAACUUCAUCAAGAGCCUUAUGGAAUCUGAAUUCAAUGGCUGAGUGUAGACUAGGCUACUCAGCUCUAGUCUACAAUAACUAUGGCUGUUGGUGUGGUGUAGGUGGAGCUCAUACUCCGGUCGAUGGCAUUGACGAGUAGGUAUUUGAAUAUGGUAUUUUAGUUUUAAAUUACAAUUAUUAGUUGUUGUCGUCGUCACGACAACUGCUACGACGUAGCUCUUGAUAAGCACGAUUGCAAAGGCGUGUUCGAGGAAUAUGUGAAAAACUACAAAUGGAAGUGCGACAAAAUAAACAUUACUUCGUCUGAGCCAAUGUGUCUUGGUAAGAGUUGUCAGCUACCAUGAAUAUAGAAUAAUAUAGCGAGUUACUUUCUGUAACAUAUAUAAAAAUAACGGUUACUAUAAGUCAAAGUAUGUCAAUGUCAAUCGUAUAUGCAUUUAGGGUCUGAAGAUGCUUGUCGAGAUGAUCUUUGUCAUUGUGAUAAGAUGGUGGUUGACUGUUGGUCACAGUGCGCUAAGCCAUCUGAGAGGAAACGCUGUUCUCACAAUGACUAA